GGGGUAUUGUUAGUGUAUGUGUGUGUGUCUGGCUCAAUCUUUCGGCAAUUGCACAACUGAUACGCUUCAAUGAUUUUUCGGUACACUAACAAAUAGAUUGAAAAGUUGGCCUGCAGGUAAAUGCUUAGUCACCAGUGAGGUUCUGGUUCCCUUCCUGGUGACAUUUUUUUUGUAUAACCAACUCGAUUUCUGACCACGUUGGACUACUUUUGAAGUCAACACCCGACAUUGCUGCUGUGGUGUAAUGAUGCUGUUCCUGUGAAACGCGGAUUAGCAACUGAAAUCAAGUCAGUUUUAACCCAGGACGGAAUUGUGAUUCGGUCUGCGAUACCGACAAUGACAGAUCACUACGUGUCGAUGGCCCAAAUAAGGGCAUCCAAGAAACUGAAAAAUGAAUCCCUAUCGACCCAGGAGACAGCAUUUGAACAAGAGGAGCCGUAUGCCGAGAUGUCGUUUACUAACACCGACGACGGGCAGUCGGAAGAGGGUGAUGACGCGCCGUCUGGUUCGGGUGCAUCAUGGUCUACCUUCGGGGAGUCUGCUGAAGAACGGUCCGGUGAAGAAGGCUAUGUAACGUACAUGCCGCAAACAAGAAAGGUCGUGUUGCACCCAGGGAACGCCGGGCUGGGCAUGUCUAUCGUUGGAGGAGUAAAGGGCCCCAAUGGACUACUCCCUGUCGUCAUCACAGACAUCGAUCCCGGAGGAGAGGUGGAAAAGAGCACGUUAGUCAAGGUCGGGGACCGCAUUGUGAGCGUGAAUGGGGUGUCGAUGGAUGGCAAGACGCACCGUGAUGUGGUUCUUGCCAUCAGGGCAGCCGGGAGCUCACUCGUCAUGGAAGUCCAGGAGGAACAGGGGGAUAUCCUGGAUUAUAUCUGGCAAAACGUAUCUGACGAUUAACUUUUCAAGCCGUCAAAAAUGCUGCUGUUGUUCUCAUCGUUCGUUGUAGUUGCUGCUGUCGAUGCUAUUUCGUUUGCCAUGACCAGAAGGAAACAGGUCCAACGCUGCAGUACACAUCUCAAGUUUAAUGCCUGCGCAGGUGUAGUGCCGCCCGGCCCAAGGGUACCACCGCAGCAAAUCACAUCUCGAGUUAUGUAGAUUAGUAAAAUGGCAGGUUAUCCAUACAUAAGCAGGCUGGUGCGAUUUCAAGAUGCGGCUUCUUUGUAAAUGCAAUAACUGAAAUUAUUUUGAAGUUUUAAUGCAAUAACUGAAAUUAUUUUUAAGCUACAGUUUUCUAAGAACAGACUGUGUCUUUCGAAAUCAGCUUUCAGAUAUGAUUUUGUUAUGUUCGUUUGAAAACGGUUACAGCGUUGAGGUAGCAUUUAUGCCUUUAAAAACAAGAAUUUAUAACAAAAAGACACAAGAACUAGUAGAAAAAAGUUCAAAUAUUUAUUGCCGUUUACAGAGAAAUUGAACCGUAAACGGGCCCCAUGCAUGUAAAGUUCACCAAACUGUUCUGUUUGCCAGGUUAACUGAUAACCUGAAAAUCUCUGCUUCAACAGGGAUGCCUUUUGGGGACGAAGAAAAAGAGGCAAAAGAAGGAUCCAAUUCAAUGUUAUUCACUAGAAUACAGCUGAAAUUUAAAUCAUCUUCCUUAUUGCUGAAGAAUUCAAACUACAUUUGGUUCCCACAGAACAAUGAUCAAUGUACAUAUAAAACAAAAUAACUUUAACUCUCAUUUUCUCUUUCGAUGCUGUACAUUCAUGAUUGUGACUUUUGUGAAAUGACAAAAAUGAAAACAAAUUCUUUACUCAUAACAAAAGUUUGUAUAUAAAAAUACAAUGUAAUUUACUUGAAUCUCUGCUUUUUGAUAUUUAAGUUACAGGCAUGAACUGGACGGACUCGGUAUCACACUAUAAUCUGGUUAUACCAAAGUUCUACAUUCCCAUACUGAAGUGCAUACAAAAAUAUUUACAGCUUAAUAUUCACGCAGAUAACGAAGUCUCUAGGGGAGCAAUGCAUGGAGAGGUAAUGCAAUAAAUUAUACCUAGGAUCAA